CACAAGUCAAAACAGGAACAAAAUGGCUGCAACGGGAGACGACGCCGCAGCAAUGGACAGCAUCUCCCGGGCUCCAGCGGCCCAGCUAGCGGCUCUGAACGCGGCUGCAGCCUCCAGCAGUCAGGCAGAAGCCCCGGAGGACGUAGCAGAAAUUCCGGCUGUUGUUCCCAAAAAGACCAGCACAAACAGUGAUGGUGGUGUGGAAACAGCUGAGGAGGCUGUGGAGCCUGCAGAGCCUGAUAUCAAUGAGUUAUGCGCUGACAUGUUUGAAAAGAUGGCAAUCGUCCUGCAAGGAGAACUAACUGGAACUUCUGAGGAUUACCGUCUGUUGGAGAACAUGAAUAAGCUUACCAGUCUGAAGUACAUGGAAAUGAAGGACAUUAGUAUCAACAUCAGCCGUAACCUGCAGGAUCUCAACAACAAAUAUGCCAGUUUACAGCCCUACUUGGACCAGAUAAAUCAGAUUGAAGAGCAAGUGUCUUCACUUGAACAGGCUGCCUACAAACUGGACGCAUACUCCAAGAAACUGGAGGCCAGGUUCAAGAAGCUGGAGAAGCGAUGAGGAAGAAGAAGAGGCAGACUUUUGAGUUAUGAUGCCUUCUCACCGACUUUAGCAGUGCCUCGCCUUCUUCUCUCCCUGCAAGUGGAGCCAGGAGCUGCGGGGAGGAUGUGAACUGAGACUGAAACAACAAACAGUCAGAGCCACUUUGACACCUAGACAGGACCCAGGAGGAAGCGGCUCAAGUCACAUGAAUCAGUAGCGAAGUGCUUGGCUUAGAUUUAAAUCCAGUAUCACUGAUUUUGGCAUCAGUUAAAACAGCCAAGACGAUAAGAGUGUGUGGUGGUCACCCAAAUCUUUUUGCAGAAACACUUUAUGUUCACUAAAUCGGCCUGAUUAUUAGAAUAUCUUGAUUGAGUGGCGGAAUCAGAAUAUACUAUUUUUACUACUAAACAAAGAAACCGAGCACAUUGACAGAGACUUGUAUGACUAGAUAUAAAUACACUAUUGUUAUAUGUAGAUGUAUACAUGAUGAAGCAUGGUCAUAUAGGUUUUUUUUAUUUAAAGUUCCAGCAUUUCUAUUUUGAUAAUUUAAGGAUUGACAGAUUUCCACUUAGUAAUAAUAUUCCAACAUGUACAUUGAAAUUAUUUGUUUUAAAACAUUUUCUUGUCCAGACGGUGUGGACACUACCAGAAACUGGUCUAAAAAGAGUCUGCUAUAAAAAAGGUUACUGUUUAGACAACAGCUGGAAAUGUAACCAUCUCAGUAAGCAAGUUUAACAUUUGCCGUUUAAAAUAAAAGGUAUAUGGUUUUGAAGUAUGUCUAAUGGGAGAUUUUGAAGCUGAAAACUAACUGGAGUUUUUGUUUUGUUAAUAAACCAUGUGCAUAUCA